AUAAGAUAUUGUAUAAAGAAUUGUUUGAAUGUUUAGAUGAUAUUGAAUGGAUCGAACUGUUUCGUCUAGAUCGGUUCGAUUUGAAUCUCAAAACGAUGUAGAAAAAGAUAAGAUUCAAACAAUGAUUCUUAAAACUAUAGUAGAAAUAUCUGGAAGCCGUUGGAAUGAUGCUAGUCGUGUUUUAUGGGAAAUGACGAAUUGGUUGGUGAAUAAAGUUAUACAUGAAGGUGAAUCUAUGAAUAUUAGUCUUGGUGCAUGGCAUUCUUUGAAUGAAGCUUGGUUAUAUUUUUUAUGUAGAACAGGAGAAGAAAUUAAAACAAAUACAAGUCAUCCAUCAAUUACGGAAAUUCAUUUAGAAAUGCUUGGACAAGAUAUUAUUGGAUGGUGUGAUCAAUUAGAAAAAUAUGGAUUAGUAGAUUAUGAAAUGGGAUUUUGGGAAGAAAGAAUUCUUGAAGUAAUGCGUUAUGUGUUAACUUUAUUAAAAACAAGAAAAGUAACAACUUCAACGUAAAAAUUAGAUAAAUGAAUCAAUAUAAAGUGGAAUCGAGUGCCAUAU